AUGCAGGGCAUGUUCUACUUCGACGGGAAGCUAAUCCCCGAGCCCGAGUACGACCCACGCCAAGUCAGCAACUGGGUGAACGUCUUCAUCCAGGCACGGGACUCCGACUCCGACGACGAGACCCUCAUGCGCACAGUCGCAACUUACAUCCGAACCAGCACCGCCACCAUCUCCGUCCAUGCCAAACAUCAUGAUCACCCCCUGUGCGUCUCUAUCAAGGUGCCCGGAGACUACCAUUCCAACAAGGCUUCUAUUCUCGCGGCCGCCGAACUGCAGGCUGACUACUAUUGCCAGGAGAUUCGAAAUGGGAGAGUGCGGAUUAAUCGGGCUCUGCUUUUUCGGCGCGGGGUGCGGGAUCGGGAUUGA